AUGGUAAACGUAUUUAACGUUCAGAUUUUCUUCAUUGUUUUCCGUGAAGCCUUGGAAGCAAUUGUGGUGGUAUCCGUCUUGUUGGCGUUCUUGAAACAAGGUUUGGGUGGAGUCCACGAUGACCCUGUCGUCUACAAGAAGCUAAGGCUUCAAGUAUGGCUAGGGUCGAUUAUAGGGGUAGUAAUCUGUUUAAUUAUCGGUGCUGGAUUUAUUGGUGCUUUCUACUCGUUACAUAAGGAUAUCUGGACGAGCUCGGAAGAUUUAUGGGAAGGUGUUUUCUGUAUCAUUGCCACCGUGAUCAUCUCGUUGAUGGGAAUUGCCAUGUUGAGAAUCAACAAGAUGAAGGAAAAGUGGAGAGUAAAGAUUGCCCAAGCUCUCUUGGCAAAGCCUAAGAAGGGUUCUUGGUUUAGACUUGGUUACUACUCCAGGAAAUACGUUAUGUUCAUCUUACCUUUUGUCACCUGUUUGAGAGAAGGUUUGGAAGCUGUCGUUUUCGUGGGUGGGGUUAGUUUAAACAGUCCUGCCACCGCUUUCCCAAUUCCAGUCAUUGCCGGUUUGAUUGCCGGUAUCGCCGUGGGUUUUGCUUUGUACUACUUUGGUUCCACCUUUUCGUUGCAAAUCUUUUUGAUUUUCUCCACCUGUAUCUUGUACUUGAUUUCCGCUGGAUUGUUUUCCAGAGGUAUUUGGUAUUUUGAGACCUACGUCUUCAACAAGAAGACUGGUGGUGAUGCUUCCGAAAAUGGUGCGGGUCCUGGUACUUACGACAUCACCAAGUCGGUCUGGCACGUCAACUGUUGCAACCCUGAAAAAGAUCACGGUUGGGAUGUCUUCAAUGCCUUGUUGGGAUGGCAAAACUCUGCUACCUAUGGUUCUGUCAUUUCUUACAACAUCUAUUGGUUACUGCUUAUUGUCGUCAUCUCAUUGAUGUUGUUCCAAGAAAAGACCGGCCACUUGCCAUUCACCAAGAAUUUGACUUUGAGACAAUUGAACCCAAUGUACCACAUUAAGGGUAAGAAGAAACUUGAAUUAACCAAGGAAGAACAAGAUGAAUUAUUCGAGAGAGUCAGGAACGAAAAGUUGACAGUAGGUGCCGAUUCUGAUUCCGUUCAAGAAAAGGUUGAAAAGACUGAAGCAACUGCUGUGACCACUGCUUCUAAUUAA